AACUACGCUAAAUACGCGAAGGUUCGUUUCGCACUUCACUUUACUUUCUCUGCUUCUCCGGAAAGCAAACGCUGAAAGACCAAACCCAACUCUCGAAUCUGUGGGUAAUUUGGCAAAGAUGUCGAUCGUCCCGUACAAUGAGCGAGAGCGCAGAGUGUCCAACCCUGCAUCCUCCAGAGGCCUGUGGGACGCCUUCCAGAGCUUCGGACAGAACCACCUUUGGGACCCAUUUAGCGAUAUCCCUUUCCCUUCCACACUCUCCACGCUCUUUCCUCGCUCCCCAUUUGGGACCUCGGUGAACACCAGGCUCGACUGGAGGGAGACCCCGAGAGCCCACGUGCUGAAGGCUUCUCUUCCGGGGUUCAUGGAUGAGGACGUGUUGGUGGAGCUCCAAGAUGACCGAGUGCUCCAGGUGAGCGUCGAGAGCGGCAAGUUUGUGAGCAGGUUCAAGGUCCCUGACGAUGCGAGGCUCGAGCAGUUGAAGGCCUCGAUGCACAAUGGGGUUCUCACUGUGACUAUUCCGAAAGCGGAGGCGAGCACGCCCAACGUCCGGACCGUCGAGAUCUCUGGCUAAAUAUGUGAUCUUCCUUUGUCCUGUCACUAUGUUUAUGUGUUGUGUGUGUGGUUUGUUGAAGGUCAUCGUAAGCUCUGAGUUUCGUAUGAAGGUGUUUGAUAUAAUGCGUAUAAAAUGUGUGAUGUUUGUGUCGGUUCUUGUGAUUUUAAUCUGGGCUUAGUGUAUCUUAAAUGGUCGUUGAUGUCUUGAAGGAAAAAAGUUAUGUUCUUAACAACAAUUGCUCUGUUUUACAUGUUCUAAUAUGUUAUUGCCUACCAAGACUGUUCUUACUAUGGAAGUCGAACGCCUAAUGUAUAUAUCAAAUGGUUCUUAAAGUACCA